AUGGUGCAGCUUCAACACCAUGCCCGGCAUCGGCUUCCAACUUUUCAGUUGAUCUUUGUCCAUGUAAUUGAAUCACUUGUCUUUGUACCGAUUAUGAUUGGUAUCCUAUUUUUUCUGUUCGAAUUUUAUGAUGAUCAGUUGUUGGCUUUCAUGGUCCUGAUUCUUGUUUGGCUGAGUGAACUCUUUACCCUUAUCAGCGUCCGGACACCAAUAUCAAUGAAGUUCUUCCCUCGCUUCUUUUUGCUCUACUUUCUGGUUUUUCACAUUUAUUUCUUUUCCUAUGCUUAUGGUUUUUCAUAUUUGGCUCUGUCUACUGCUGCAGCAUUUAUGCAGCACCUCAUUCUAUACUUCUGGAACCGUUUCGAGGUACCUGCUUUACAAAGGUUUAUGCAAAACCGUCGAUCACAGCUUCAGCAGCAUCCAGACUUCCACAUUACCUCCUCAACCAUCCUUGCGUCGACUUUACACAUCACAAGAUUGAACACAAGGAAUCCUGGUUCGGUUAACACAGACUUGACCUCUGGGACUGGUUUGAGACAUGGAUCUGACCCAGUGGUGCCAGCCAAUGCAGGAGUAGAUGUUUCUGGGCUUCAGGAACAAUCAGAAAGCGAAAACGGGGCAGGGAACCCAAUGCAGAUGGCUGGACAACCUAAUCUUCAGCAAGCAGAUAAUGGUCCCAACCCUGGGGCUAUGAAUUCGUUCAGUUCGCUUUUGUUAUGGAUCUUAGGAGGCGCCUCUUCUGAAGGCUUCAACUCAUUCCUUUCCAUGUUCAGAGAUGUGAGAGACCAAGGACAGGUUUUUGCUGAAUCCCCUAGGCGAGACAACCGUGCAAAUCAAAAUGUGCAAUAGUGUUGGAACACUAUCUUUAAAGGAGAUUUGCUUGUUUAUUAGUGUUAGAUUGUAGUGCACGUUCAUGUUUAAUAGCAUAGCACAGGGUUUUACUGGAUCUACUUGUUUGUACAGAAAUGAUAGAUAUACAUAUGUUGGAUAUGUUACUUGUUAGAGGCUAAACCCUGUUAAUUCGUCCGUGUAAGCAAAAAAGAACAAGAAAAUCAAAGAAAAUGUCUACAUUGCAUGUCUUGCAUUCACAUUACAUACAAUGGAUAGUACAUGACUGUAACAUAUUGUUUGGGAUGCAAUGUUAUUGAAUCCUGUACUAUAUUUUACCUCUUCAA